AUUCUCAUCCUCCAUCUUCUUCUUCCCCAGAAUCGAAUUUUGAGAUCUCCUCCGAUCGAUUUUGAUCUCCAACACUCUCUGCUUCGUCAAAUACGGUGUCCACAGAGAUCCGAUUUCGUUCUCUCUCUUUCUCCACUGUUCUCCAAUUUUGCAGUUGAGACAUGGAUGAGGUUGUUGUUGAAGUGGAGAAGACGAAGAGAGAAUGGGAAGAAGCGUACGAGAAGACGAUCGAACAUAUCAUGGCGAUUCAAGAGUACGGUAAAUCAAGGAGAGGAGAAGAGAAGAUUUCGCUGCAGAGGCUCAACGGAUUGGCUCAGGAUGGUCUCUCUCUUCUCAAUUCUCUACAAUUCAAUUUGGAUCUUCUCGCGCCUCAGCUUCCUUCAGAUGAUCAGGUGCAAUCUACUCAGUCACUGCUUGAAACCUGGAAGAAUCAAUAUCACAGUUUGAGGGUAAACCUGAGAAGUGCUAAUUUGCAAGCUAAGGAUAACAUGAGGAAAGCAGCUCAAGAAGAGAGAGAGCUUCUCCUUGGUGGUGGAACAGAGUCUACAGUUCUCAGACGUAAACGGCAAGCAAAUGCUGGCGUGACAUCGGAUGCUGAAAGCAUAACUGAAAGUCUCAGGCGUUCACGGCAGCUGAUGGUUCAGGAGGUCGAAAGAAGUACAAACACUCUCGUGGCUUUUGAUGAAUCUACUGGAGUACUUAAAAAAGCCGAGAGUGAAUACAAAGGUCAUAGGUCUCUGUUGUCGAGGACCCGUAAUCUACUUUCGACAAUGCAGCGUCAAGAUGUAAUUGACAGGAUAAUCCUCAUAGUUGGAUUUUCUCUCUUUGUCUUUGCUGUUGUUUACGUUGUUUCAAAGCGCAUCGGAAUUCUCAAACUGCAAAGAAUGGCCACUGCUGCUAUUAAAGCUCAAUUAGCUGGAAAAGGAGCAAAUGGUGUAGGAGAUGAUGUUAUGCCUCUCGGACAACAGUUUGAUGGCAAUACAGUUCCAACUGUUAACAUUCCUCUACAACAACGCAUGCACGAUGAACUCUGAAGCUCAUUAGAUGCUUGUAACAUUGUUCAUGAAUCUAUAUAUAUAUUACAAGUUGAUGUUGUUACCUAGGAAUGCUCUAUAUAUUACCACAUGUUUCAAGGACAAUUGAAAUUGAAGUUUCUUUGAAAUA